CCCUUACCCUAUUACCCUAUAAUGCCUAUAUCAUGGGAAAACAGGUAAAGGGGCUUUCACAACGGACUUGAUUUUCAACUGUCCACGCUUCAAAGACUUCCUCACUAUCUAUAUUCCAUAUCUUCCUCGUAUUCCACUUUCUUCCCUGAAUAUUAACGGGAGCAGUUGGCGAAAGCAGGCACAGGCGACAAAAUCUGGGAAAGUGAUACCUCAACUUCGAAUCUAGGAUUCCAUAAGCUCAGGAAGCCGAGGAGGGGAGAAUGAAGUACGUUUUGGUCACCGGAGGUGUGGUGAGCGGCCUCGGCAAGGGUGUUACUGCAAGCAGUAUUGGUGUUGUCCUCAAAGCAUGUGGCCUUCGCGUUACCUCCAUCAAAAUUGAUCCUUAUUUGAACACUGAUGCUGGUACAAUGUCUCCUUUCGAGCAUGGGGAGGUUUUCGUGCUUGAUGAUGGUGGAGAGGUUGAUCUAGAUUUGGGAAAUUAUGAACGGUUCUUAGAUGUUACACUCACUAGAGACAACAAUAUUACCACAGGAAAGAUAUAUCAGUCUGUGCUCGAGAAGGAGCGUAGAGGCGAUUAUCUUGGAAAAACUGUUCAGGUUGUUCCUCACAUCACUGAUGCCAUUAAGAAUUGGAUUGAAUCUGUAUCUCAAAUUCCUGUUGAUGGGAAAGAGGGUCCUGCUGAUGUUUGUGUGAUAGAAUUAGGUGGAACUGUAGGUGACAUUGAGUCAAUGCCCUUCAUUGAAGCUUUAAGGCAAUUAUUUUUUACAGUUGGACACGACAACUUCUGCCUCAUUCAUGUCAGUCUUAUACCUGUGUUGGGGGUUGUGGGUGAGCAGAAAACAAAGCCUACACAGCAUAGUGUGCGAGAGCUGAGAGCGUUAGGUUUGACUCCCCAUUUCUUAGCAUGCCGCUCCGCACAGCCUUUGUUGGAAAGUACUAAGCAGAAACUUUCACAGUUUUGCCAUGUCUCAGCUAGCAAUAUUCUCAAUAUCCACGACGUUCCAAACAUUUGGCAUAUUCCUCUAUUGCUCCGGAACCAAAAUGCUCAUAAUGCCAUUCUGAAGCAUCUAAACUUAGUCAAUGUUUCUACAGAACCUGACUUGCAGGAGUGGACCAAGAGGGCUGAGACUUUUGACAACCUCACUAACUCUGUAAGAAUUGCAAUGGUUGGGAAGUAUGUUGGGCUAACAGAUUCAUACUUAUCUGUGGUUAAGGCUCUUCUUCAUGCCUGCAUUUCGUGUUCAGUGAAACCAUCAAUUGACUGGAUUGCAGCUUCAGAUCUUGAGGAUGAAAGUGCCAGAUUGGCACCAGAAGCGCAUGCCGCUGCAUGGAAGUCUUUGAGGGAAGCAGCAUGCAUCUUGGUUCCAGGUGGAUUCGGCGAUCGUGGUGUCAGUGGGAUGGUAUUGGCUGCAAAGUAUGCGAGAGAGCAUCACAUUCCAUAUCUUGGGAUAUGUUUAGGAAUGCAGAUUUGUGUAAUUGAAUUUGCUAGAUCUGUUUUAAAUUUAGAAAAGGCAAAUAGUACAGAAUUUGAUGAAGAGACACCCGAUCCUGUUGUCAUUUUCAUGCCAGAGGGAUCAAAAACACAUAUGGGAAGCACAAUGAGACUGGGUUCUAGGAGGACAUUGUUCCGCUCUCCUGAUUGCAUAACCUCAAAGCUGUACAAAAAUUCACAGUAUGUGGAUGAGCGACAUCGGCAUAGAUACGAGGUCAACCCUGAAAUGGUUGGUGCUUUAGAAGGAGCUGGUUUGAAGUUUGUUGGAACAGAUGAAAGUGGAAAACGAAUGGAGAUUUUGGAACUUCCAAGUCAUCCCUUUUAUGUAGGAGCACAAUUUCAUCCAGAAUUCAAGUCACGUCCUGGGAGGCCCUCAGCUCUAUUUUUUGGUUUUAUCUUGGCAGCGACAGGAAAGUUAUCUGCAUACCUCAAAAGGGGUCUCCAAAAUGGAGCACGGUAGCAACUUCAUCAAUUGAUACCAGGGAGAAUCUUGCUACGUUUGUGGUUGGAUACACUCUACAAACAUUCAUUUUCAUUUAGGAACCAGCUGGGUAAACAGGAAAGAUGGAAAUUUUGAUUCAUUGUCAAGGAAGAUGGCUCCCAAUCUCAGCUCCUUAAUGUGUCUGUAUUUUAGGUUGCUUCUUUAUGUUGGUUUCUGGUGAAAUCAGACACAUGUAUAUUUAGUGCUAAGAUAUUUAGAUUCUUGCCCAGGACUCUGUUUUUGACUUUUUGCCCAGAGUCACUGAAUUUAUCGUGGAUAGUUUGUUUAUCCUAACAAGAAAGUAGUUUCUCUUUUUGUUCACCCUAUAUUUAGUUACGC